UGGACAGCAGUAGUUCAAAUGCUGAGAGGAACAUUAUUAAUACUGGCCCUUGUGGCCACAGCUGCAGCUUUCGAUGACUUUGAUCCUUUCAUCGAUAUACCCUUCAAGGCUAUAAAGACUUCGGCGGAGCGCAUUGAAGCGCACGGCUACCCGGCCGAAUCGCACUUCGUGGAGACUCCGGACGGCUAUGUGCUGAAUGUGUUUCGCAUCCCGCACUCGCCGAGCCUGAACAAUGGCGCCCAACAGCGUCCGGUGGUGCUCAUCAUGCACGGCCUGUUCAGCUGCUCGGAUUGCUUCCUGCUCAAUGGUCCGGAGGACGGGCUGGCGUACAACUAUGCGGACGCGGGCUACGACGUCUGGCUGGGCAAUGCGCGGGGCAACCUGUACUCGAGGAACAACACCAGGCGGGACGUGAAGCAUCCGUACUUCUGGAAGUUUAGCUGGCACGAGAUCGGCUCCAUAGAUCUUCCAGCAAUGAUCGACUACAUCCUGGAGGUGACCGGGGAGAAGGCCUUGCACUAUGUGGGCCACUCGCAGGGCUGCACCUCCUUCUUCGUAAUGGGUUCCUACCGGCCGGAGUACAAUGACAAGAUCAAGACGUCUCACAUGCUGGCCCCGCCCGUCUUCAUGGGAAACACUACGGAGGGUCUGAUCGUGGCCACGGCUCCCGUCUUUGGAACUCCAGGUCUGGGUACUACCCUCCUGGAGAACCAAGUGUUCCUGCCCCAGAAUCAGUUUAUUCAACGUCUGCUGGACACCACCUGCAGCAAUCAGCCUCUUCUGCUGAGCUACUGCAAGACCCUGGCCCUGCUCUGGGGAGGUCCUGAGAUUGGAAAUCUAAACGCGACCCUGCUCCCGCAAAUCGCUGAGACCCAUCCCGCUGGGAUUUCCUCCAACCAGGCCAUUCACUUCAUCCAAUCCUAUGCUUCGAAUGAGUUCCGCUUGUACGAUUGGGGAAGUCGCAAGAACCUGGAGUAUUAUGGAGUGGCGGAGCCUCCGCCAUAUGAUCUGGGGCAGAUUACCUCCGAGCUGUAUCUGUACUACGGCCUGGCGGAUGGUUCGGCCAACAAGCAGGACAUUUCCCGGCUACCCGAGCUUCUGCCCAACCUGGCCCUGUUGCAUGAGGUGCCCGAUCCCACAUGGGGCCACUUGGACUUUAUUUUCGCCACUGAGGUCAAGAAGGUUAUCAACGAUAUGGUUAUAGACUACAGUAAGGCCUAUGAUGAGGGAAUUAAUAAAAAUUAAUGUGGAUUUAGAUAAUAAUAAAGGAAAUAUUUUUA